CCAGUCUUCAUCACGGUGAGGGAGGUGAAGGCUGCCCCAAUGGCCUUCCCCAAGACCCACUACUCAGCCGUCCUCUACCUGCCAACCUACCCUGGUGUGAGGGUGUUCUGCCUGGGCCGGGAGGAGCAGCCACGCCACCACGUGGAUGUGAAUGAUAUCACCGAUAUUUCAUAUUCCAUCGCUGCCGGUGACGACAGAGAAAACUUUGUGUUUGACAACGUGAACAAGUGUGUCAAGGUCCAGGACCAGUACAGCCUCAAGCCUCAGUACAACCUCACCCUCCAGGCCAGCGACGGGGCCGCCUCGUCCACGGCAACAGCAGAGAUUAUAAUUGAUGAAGCGCCGCUGUCUACUCUGGUCUUCACUCAGGACCAGUACUGGGCCAACGUCAUUGAGAACUCCACUAAGGAGAUGAAUGUUGCUGCCCUGGGAGUGAAGGGUCAGCCGCUCAACCAUCACGUCCGCUACUCAAUUCUCAACUCAAACAUUAAAUUUGAAAUCCACCCGACCGCUGGCGUCAUCAAGACCACCGGCAAGUCCUUUGACCGGGAGGCAGAGGACCACUACACGCUGGUGGUGGAGGCGCAGGACAUUGAGGGCACAGCAAACGUGGCCCAUGUGCUGGUCCACGUGGCGGUGAUGGACGUGAAUGACAACGAGCCGGUGUUCCUCAACCAGCCCUUCCACGCCCUGGUGUCCACCGUGUCUCCGCGCAGCCACGUGGUCACUAAGGUGCAGGCAAUAGACGCUGACUCUGGGGAGUUCGGAAGUGUCCGCUACGAGCUGGUGCGAGGCAGCGGUGAGCUCUUCGCCGUGAAUAAGAAGACGGGUGAAAUUUCCCUGAAGCAGACCCUGAUGGCGGCCGACAAGACCUACAGCCUCACCGUUGCUGCCUACGACGGGGGAAAGCCUCCCCUCAGCUCACAGGCCCAUGUCCUCAUAAGGGUGGUGUCUUCUGAAGGGCCAAUGUUCACCGCCGCACGGUACGAGGCAGCCGUGCCAGAGAACGCCGCCAAGGGCACGCCCGUUGUAAGGGUGAAGGCCGCUAGCCCUUCCGGGGAGCCCAUUAUGUACACCAUUGUGGCCGGCAACACCGAGGAGCUGUUCGGCCUCGACUAUUCCACAGGCGUCGUCCAGACCACUGCCCUGCUGGACUACGAGGCCUCCGCCAGCCACAACCUGACGGUGCGGGCGCGGGACCCCUUCACCGGGGGCCACACGGACACCCACGUCACAGUCGCAGUCACGGACGUCAAUGACAACCCGCCGGAGUUCAGCCGUUCCGUCUUCAAGGGAGACGUGUCGGAGGCUGCAUCACCGGGCCACGUGGUGCUGCAGGUCUCGGCAAGUGACGUGGACACGGGGCCGGGCGGUUCAGUGCGCUACUCGUGUGUCAUGGAGUGUGGCAGCUUU